ACUCUUGGUUAGACUGUUAUAAAAAUGUCUUCUUAACCUUUAUACUUGUUAAGAGAAUUAUUUCUGUUUUAAUCAGGUAUACAUACAAUUUUGGCAACGUUCACUAUCCAUAAUCAACAAAGGUUAAAAAAAAUACAAAAUAUUGAAAUAAAAGUUCUAGUUCUAAGUUACAAUAAUUGAAAUUUAAACUUUGACUGAAGCUUUCAAAAAAUGACUUCAUGUUAUACAAUGAAACCAUUUUCUCAAGCACUCUAAAAAUUGUGAGUAAAAGUGGUAACUGUGAUGGAAGAAUUAAAUGUUGUCCUUUUGCCAACUUCAGCAGUAGCUAUGGACGAUUGUAUUAGACAAAUUUCACACACAGAGACUGAAGUAAUACAAGAAAUUACCUGCUCUGAAGAGGUCAGUUUGAAAACUAAACAGAUAGAGAAUAAUACAACUGAUACAGUGGGAAAGGCUAUUGAUGGUGUUCAUAUGAGUGGACAGGAGGUAAAUUGUUCAGUGACUGAAGGUACAUCAGUAAAAGAAAACAUAAAUAAUGAGCCCCUUAAUCUACAAAAUGUAACAUUAUUAACUGGUGCAUGGAAUGAAUUCAUCCACAGUGAAAAACAUGAAAUUUUCUUAAAAGGUUGCAAGUGGUCACCGGACGGGACAUGCCUUCUGACCAACAGCAAUGAUUCAUUAAUGAGACUGUUUGAUUUGCCGAUGAGCCUUUAUAAUUGUCAUAAACUUACUAUUUUUGAUUUCCCUGAGUUGAAGCCAUCGUUGAAGACCAAGGUGGGAGGUCUGGUGUAUGACUACAGCUGGUAUCCUCUUAUGACUUCCACCAACCCUGAUACGUGCUGUUUUGUGACUACAAGUUUCUGUUCGCCAAUUCACUUGUGGGAUGCAUUUUCAGGCAAACUACGCUGUUCCUAUAAAGGCUAUAAUGCGUUGGAUGAGAUGCAUGCUGCACUGAGUGUAGUAUUUAACCCUUCUGGAGAACUCCUGUUGUGUGGCUACAAGAACAUCAUCAAUAUAUUCCAUACUGAUGUGCCUGGGAGGGAUUUUACUGUUAUAUCUACUAAAGACCUGUGUGAUCAGAAAGGAAUAGUGUCAUGUAUUGCUGUAAACCCCGGAAUGCCCAACAUAUUUGCUGCUGGUACUUACUCUAAAUCUGUUGGGCUGUAUAGCUUGGAUGGACAUGCCAUCUGCCUGAUGACUGGGCAGGCUGGAGGUCUGACUCAGUUGUUGUUCUCACAAGACGGGACUCAGCUGUUCACAGCCGGUCGCAAGGACUCUGAGAUCAUGAGUUGGGACCUGCGCAACCUAGGUCAGAUCCUUCGUGUCAUGAAGCGACCUCAUACCACAAACCAGAGGAUAUACAUGGAUCUAUCAACUGAUGGGCGUUAUUUAUUCUCAGGAUCUAGUGUAGGUGAGGUGUAUGUUUGGGACUUGCAUACUGUACCUUCUAGUUCAACUGAUUCUGAGGCAUCUGUCCUCGAACAUCUGACCCACUGGCAUGCCCAUAACGAUUGUGUUAAUGGGCUGAGUGUACACAGACACAUUCCGGUAGUAGCAACUGCGUCAGGGCAGCGCUACAUCCCUGAAAUUGUUGAAGAUGAUGAGGAAGAUGUAUUUGAAUCCAAACGCCCUCAAGACAGAUGUGAAGAUAGUGUUAAACUGUGGUGGAUUGGCCAAAUCGAUGAAACACACUAAAACAUUGUUAACACCCAGUGGCAAUCAUACUCGUCACUGAUCUCAAUGCAGAAGCUGAAUGCAGUAAUAGUCGGGAUCAAGAUAGUCUCUUCUGAAAUGACCUUCAGACCACGUUUUAGGACAUGUUAAAACUUUAGUGGUAUUUAAAUAGUAUUUAGAUAUUCACAAUUUUUAACUAACCAUCUUUCCGUAAUGUCAGAAACCAUCCCUAUCAAUUAUGGUACUGCAGUUUUCAUUGUAAUCUGGCUGUGUAAUCAAGAUUUAGUUUGAAACCAAUUUUGUCCUGUUGUGUUAACAACAGUAUAUAGUCAUUUGUUUACUUUUUAUUGUAAACAUACUACAUUGCAAACUUAUCAAAGGACACCAAUUUAUCGAAUGCUUCCUAUUCAAUGCUUUUUGUACAUCUAAGCAUGCUCACACAGUAAAUUCCAUCCUGUUUUGGCAUUCUAAAGUCAUGCCCAAUACUUAACAAAUAUUGAUGUUCAAAAUAGUAAUAAUAAUAAAUGAUGUCAAUUAACUGUGACUACAGACCAAAAUUGUCCAUGCAUUCAAUUUCUUAAUUUCACAUUGCCAGUAGAGAGCUGAAUCCAUUAAUCAAGCUGUCUUAGCUCAGGAAAUCUUUGACUAUUGCAUGAAUUGUCAUUCAUUUAUCACAUCAUAUUGUAUUUAUGUAUUCGAUACUAUCAAAAUAUUUUAAAUAUCCUAAAUAUGAUAUGAAAAAUUUUUUAUUUGUUACAUGGCCAUAUUAAUAAAUCGCUCAAUUUGUAUAACAAUUUCACCAUAGUAGCACUGAGCAGUUCCUGACAAAUCUUGUAGAUUGUUGCUUCUUACAAUAAAUUGCUUUUAUCAGUAUAAGGAA